AUGGAUGCGCUGAAAGGCCAUUUCUUGCUGCUAGAUCUCCAUCGGGUUCCCUCCUCCCUGCCUCGCCCAUCUGCCCGCCAUUCGCCCUCAUCGCGCCGCCGGUCAUGGCUGUCUUUUUCCUCCUGCAAGGGGGUCUCAUCUGAGCCCGCCCAUCAAUCCUCCUCCCUCCUCCGCCGGCCUGCCGAACGCUGCCCCCUUGGGCGCGGUGGCGGGUUCAUUGAUGGAGACGGGGCCAUGUCUGCAGCCACCGCGUCGACGUCGUUCCCGUCGCGGAGGGGGGCCGGAGGUCCCACCGCCGGCUACGAAGUGGAGAUGGAGCUGUUCCUGCAGCUGCUCCCCCCAAGGAUGCGAACGGCGCUUCGUCGCCAUUCUCAGAUGGGGGAGCUCGUUGAGGUCGUGAUGGACCUUGGUAGGAAGCCCCUCGCGCGGUUUCCCUCCGGCGACUGGGUCAUCUCUCAGGAGCCCGUCAUGGUGGGGGAUCUCGAUCAUGCCAUUUCGAAGGUGAUCGAUCAUUUGCUUUGCCCAAAUUCGUUUCGUUCCCCCAAUUCUCGAUCUUCUACCUCCAUUCUUCCGUUUGCUCUGUUGAAAUCUGACAUUUCUCUUUCUACCAUGAUUAUCUGACGAACAGGUUGGCGAUUUUUCUGAUGAUAACCGAUCUGGGAUCAACAACUCCCUUCAUCGGAUCAGUGCCAUCCGGAACCGUAAGCUGCAGAUCAUUGGUCUUACAUGCCGAGUUGGCCGGGCUGUGUCAGGGAGUGCAGAGAUUAUUCGUGAUCUGGUCGAAGGAGGAGGCUCUAUUCUGGUCAUCGGGCCUCCUGGUGCGGGUAAGACGACUCUGAUAAGGUAAUCCCUGCUACAUCAUGUAGGCAGUCCUCAAGUCCUUGAUUAUUGAUUUCCCAAGAUGAUCGUAUGUUUUGGUGUCCCACAUGGAUCAUCACCUGUAGGUUACUAUAUUUAAGAAUUCCAUCGCAUGAAGUUUAUUCUAACUCUUAUUUAUAAAUUCGUUUUCGAACUGUAUAUUCUCUCUUUGGUGUCAUUUUUGUUCAUCUCUAUGCUUGAAAGGUAUAAUCUAUCUUUGGUGUGUACGUACAUAUCAGUACCAUAAUACUUUCAUCCUAAUUUAUAACUCUUAUUUAGAAAUUAUUCAUUUCUUGAACUGUAUAAUCGAUCUUUGGUGUGAUUUUCGUUCACCUCUAUGCUUGAAGGGUAUGAUCCAUCUUUGGUAUAUGUAUGCACAUGUCAGUGUUAUAAUACGUUCAUCCUAAUUUGCUGGUUAUUAAGCUUGAGCUGAUCUAUGACAUGCAUCUAGUUAGUUCCCAAGUUCUAUUUAUUUCGUUUCAAAUUAUGGUGAGGGCUUGAAGAUGAUUAGUAGAAAUAUUAUCAGGCAACACUCGUCUUUUUUUCUUCUUUUAUCCCUGGUGGCAAUGUUACAUGGUUUCAUCUACUGACACUCGGUAGUUCUUUUCUCAUCAGAGGUUAUGCAGGUUGUUUUACUUGCUAAAGACAGAACUUGUGUUGACACAGGGAAAUAGCUAGAAUGCUGGCAGAUGUACAGCUAAAACGUGUUGUCAUUGUGGAUACUUCUAAUGAGAUUGGUGGUGAUGGGGAUGUGCCUCACCCUGGUAUAGGCCGUGCGAGAAGAAUGCAAGUUCCUAACGUUGAUAUGCAGCACAACGUGAGUUUUCGAUGCUAGAAUGAUUAGCAUUUUGUGCUUGAAUAGCCAAGCAGUCUUUCGUUGUUCUUGGCUUUUAGCAAUUCUUCUGACGCGCUUCUUCGAGGUCUAUGACGUGCAUCCAGGUUAUGAUUGAGGCAGUCGAAAAUCACAUGCCCGAGGUCAUUAUAAUAGAUGAAAUUGGGACAGAGCUUGAAGCAACUGCUGCCAGUACCAUUGCUCAAAGAGGUGUUCAGCUUGUUGGGACGGCGCAUGGAGUAACUAUCGAGAGUAUAAUGAAGAACCCAUCUUUGCAGAGUCUAGUUGGUGGAAUAGAGGUGGGCAAUGUGCUUGAUUUCAACCAUAUUUUUUAACUUCUAGUUGAUUUGUCGUGUGUCUCUGUAACAUUGGUGUUUAUGCAUGCAUUCAUUGAGAUAUAUGCACCAAGCACCAAGCACCAAGCACCAAGCAUGGGUCCCUUGACUCCAUCCAUUAUUAGCUCUCCUUCCCAUUUUGGAGAUGAUAGAGAUGAGAGGCGGAGAGAGGCUUCAAUUCGGUCUUCGUUUUCUGAUUUUGGAUUCUAUUUUAGCUGUAUUUUUUAUUAAAAGUAUUUCUGCGUAUACCGUCAAAUAUUAUGCAUAUACCCAGUAUGGUUCUUCCUAGAUUGGUCAAUUUUUCCUGCUCAGUUCCUAGACCCAUCUAGAAUUUGCAUUCGAUGCAUAUCAAUCCACAUACAAGUAUUCUUCUAGCAUACACGCAUCUACGUAUUUCUCAGUGAACUAUCUAGUAGCUCCUCCAUCAUCCGCCUCUUCUACUUCUUGGCUGGUAUCAUUGGUCGGUGGGCAGGGGUUAGUGAUGGUUGAAAUAAAGAGUCUGGUUGGUCCCCCCCCCCCUCCCCCGCUCUUCUUUCCCAUUGAACUUGCUGUGAAGAAGAUAAUGGGACACAAAUAUCCGAGAGAGACUGAGAAAUAUUCCUAGAGAAAGUUUAGCUUUAUCUUUUUCAACUGCUUUCAUUGAAGUAUUUUUGUGAGGAAAGAACGUUGAAAUCCAAUGCUUCGUUUUAUUAGUUAACUUUUUUCUUCGUAUUGAUAUAGAGUGUGACUCUUGGCGACGAAGAGGCCAGGAGGAGGAAAGUCCAGAAGACUGUGCUUGAGAGGAAAGGACCUCCAACGUUUGCAUGUGCUGUUGAGAUGGUAUCUAAGACUGAAUGCCGAGUUCAUCAUAAACUAGAAGCGACUGUUGAUGCUAUUCUUGCAGGUAGAGAUUGUCUCCUUUUUUGGCAAAUCUUUGAUAUAGUGAAAUAUUGCAACAGUUAUACAUGGCAGUCAAAAGCCUUAAAGCAGAAAACUAUAGCAUCAUUGCAUGUUUUAUAAUUAUUUUUCUAUAAUUUUUUUGUUCAAUGUUCAUGUUCUGUUCGUACAUUUAACCUAGAUAGUUGCUAAUAAUUCUCUCUGUGAAACAGGAAAGUCUCCUUUGUUUGAAGUCCGUAAGAUGGAUUCUAAAGAGAAUGACUCUGGGAGUCCCAUUCAGAUUGCAGAGAGGGAUGUUCUUGAAGGCUCAUCAGUGACUACCUUGGAUGAUGAAAGAAGUGAAACACAGAUGGUUGACGAAAGUUUAGGAGACACUGCUGUGCAAAAGAAGACAAGGAUUACUAGUAAAUCUAACCCUGCUUCCUCCAAAAACUCACCUGUUCGUGUGUAUAUUUAUAAGGUAAGAUACUAUCUAAGAUUAGAUUUAGGCAGGAAGACUCCGCGAUGUUGUCUCAUUGCGCAGUUCUUUCCCACCUUCGUCUUGAUAAUCAUUGAAAAGUGUCAUUUUUGGGCUGUAUUGCAUGAAUAAUAGGCUAGUAGUCACUAAGAAAAGGUAAUUCAUCCUUUGUGAUGGAUAUGAUUAUCUGUUCUUGAAGCAUUCUGACCAUACUCUGCUUCACCAUAUGUGGCAGAUCUUCGAAGCUGAUCUGCUGCAAGUAGCAAAAGUUAUGGGUCUUGAGAGUCAGAUAGACGUCACAGAUGACAUUGGAAAUGCGAAAGCUAUUCUGGCGCUGAGUUCUGAGAUGAGGCAGAACCCAUGGAUCCGAAGUGUUGCUAAGUUCCACCAGCUACCAGUAUUUGUUAUCAAGGUGACCGAAUGCUCCGAGAUCUUCCCUUUCAUUCCGCAUCCAAUGCAAAUAAAAAACGCAAACUUGUAAAAAUGGGCUUAAAUAGAUGAUUGGACUCUCAACUGGGUUUCGAUUAAUUUUCUAUUUCAGUCAAAUACAAUGGCACAAAUGGUGAAGGCAGUUCGCAUGAUUCUUGGAAUGGAGGCCUUUGGACCCGUAUGGACUGACCCCCUGAAUGGUCUCACUAAAGAUAUUGAGAUCGAGGACGAUGCACCAGAGAGAAAACCUUCAUUGGAGGAACUGGAUGCCUUGGAGGUAUGCUUGUCAGCCUUUCUCUGUUCAGGUGUUCUUGCCAAAGUCUCCUAGCGUUGACCUUGAAUGCCCAUGAUUUCAGGAGGUGCGGAUGGCCAUCGAAUAUAUUGUGAUACCCGGCGGAGAACCAGUGGAACUCCUGCCCAGAUGCUCCGAGAUCGUUGCCCGCCAGCUAGAACUCGUCGAGAGCUAUCAACUGUCUGCCGAAAAGUCAGGCACAGAGAUGAGCUCCAGGCUGCAGAUUCUGCCUCAGAAGUUGACCAAGAAAGCUUCUGAAGUCAAACAGAGCCGACCAGAUGCUGACCCCCAGCAGGGUCUCCCUUCAUUUGUCAUUGGCCAUGGUGGGACCACCGUCACCCGCCUGCCCCUUCUGCCCGAAUAA